AUGGUGGCUGUCAAUCUGACAGCGCUGGUAAAUGGCACGCCUCUCAUUUUUGAAGUGGAUAUUGGGACCUCAGCCACCAUCGUUGAUGGGGAUUCGAACCACCAGUUGGGAUCGCCGCCGCUUCGUCUAUUCACGAACUCUCUGAAGAGCUACAACAACGACAUCAUCCAGCUACAGGAAUUGUUCUCGGCACCGAUCCAGUACCUCACGCGUGAUAUCAUGGCACAGAUUUUGGUUCUUACCGCCUCCAAGGCCACCAAUGUAUUAGAGACGGAACUCUUGCACCCCCUGGGCCUCAAGCUACAUGAUUCUGCACCUGGUAUCAAGACCUUGCCUUCGGACACUCAGCUGCAAGAGCUUCUGGAAUCAUUCUCGGACAUCGUUCCCGACAUAUCUCCAGGAGUCUCUGGGUUCAAAGCCCAUACUGAACUCCUCCCCUUAGUGGUUCCAAGACUCAUUCAAGCCCAUACAGUAACGUUCGCAAUCCAUGAUAAUUAG